AUGCGCGCCUACGUGCCGUCGCACAACCUGAGCCGGAGCUACCGCGGCGGCGCGCGGGAGCGCGCGCCGCUCGUCGCGCGCGCCUGCGCCGAGACGCCCCAGCGCCACGGCGUGCCGUCGGCGGCGUCCGUCGCGCGCCUCGCGGCCGCAGGCGCGACGGCCGCGGAGCCGCUCGACGGCCUGCUGUGCGGCCGGUUCCGGAUCACGAAGACGCUCGCCGACGGCACGUUCUCGCGCAUCGCCCUCGUCGAGGACCGCCUCUUCCCCCACUGGCGGCGGCGCGUCGCCGUCAAGGUGCUCGCCGCGGGCUUUCGCGAGGUCGGGCGCCGCGAGGCGGCGGUGCUGGCGUUGCUCCAGGGCGCUCGAGGUCUGGCCAUCCCCGAGUUCUUCGGCGCCCACGAGAGCGGGCCCCACUACGUCAUCGCCAUGGAGGCCUGCGGCCCAUCGUUAGGAGAACUCGUGAAGACGUCGGGGCCCCUGGGCGAGCGCGACGUGCGCCGCGUGUCCUCUCAGCUCGUGGCGGCGUUGGCCUACUGCGGCGCGAAGCGCGUCAUCCACGCGGACAUCAAGCCGGAGAACGUGCUGUGCGCGAGGCCCGUGCUCGGCGUCGACGCCGAGGUGCGGCUCAUCGACUUUGGGAACGCGAUCCGGCCGAGCGAGGCGGUGCGGUACUACGACGAUUUCGAGAUCCAGUCGCUGGGCUACCGCGCGCCCGAGGUGCUCGCGGGCGUGCCCUUUGGGUACGCCAUCGACAUGUUCUCGCUGGGCGUCGUG